AUGGAAUUAUUUAUAAAUAAAUCUAAAAUAUUUACACAACCACAAAAUAAUGAUGUUCAAUCAAUGAAUGAUGUAUCAUUUUAUUUAGUAAAUGAAAAAGAAAAAAAAGGGGGUUUUAUAGUUUGUUUUGUGGUUCAAAAAAAAGCAUGGAAUAGACAAAUAGAAAUUCAAAAUACUGGUGAUGGUAAUGUUGAUUUAUGGGCAGGAGAAUCUAAAGGUAUUGAUGCAAAAGGUGAUGCUAAUGUCAAAUUCGACUAUAAAUGGUGUUCUUUCCCAACUAACGCCAAACCAAUUAGAUUUAUGAUAAAUAAACCAAAAAGUUUAGGAUUGAUGGAAACAAUUGGCCAAUUUGAUAUUCUAUCUGCUCAUUUCCACCAGCUCGAUGGAAGAACCCUAUAUAUUUAUUAUUCAAUGGAUAAUGAAAAAUACUUUAAAGUUGAACAAAAUAGACCAAAAAAAGUUAUCCUUUAUUAA